UGUAAAAAAAUGUUUUAAAUAUUUUUGUAGCUGGGGGGUUAUAGAUUUUUUCCUUUCCUUUAACUUUUAUAUUUUAUAAAAAAAAAAAAUGGUUAACGUUGGUAUCGUUGGUGUUGGACUUGUUGGAUCCGAGCUAGUCUCACAAAUUUUGAAGUCCUCAUACAACCAAGCUCUUAAAGUUGUUGGUUUGACCACCUCUCAAAAGAUGGUAGUGUCUGAUGCUGAAUAUAAGACUUUAUCUAUUGCUAAAGAGGAUAACAUUCGCUCAAGCGUCAACUCAACUGGUAUCAAGACCAACCUUGAUCAAUUUGUUGAAUACCUUACGAAAUCUAAGGAACACUCUAUCAUUGUUGACUGUACUGCCUCUGAAGAAGUUGCCAAACUUUAUCCUUCUUGGCUUCGUUCUGGUUUGAGUGUCGUGACGCCAAAUAAAAAAGCCUUUUCCAGCUCCAUUGAACUCUUCAAGGAAAUUCAAGAACUUGCUGUUAACACCAGUUCUGUUAAGAAGGGAAGAACCCCUUUGAUCUAUCACGAAACUACUGUCGGUGCCGGUUUACCUGUUUUAUCUACCUUGACAGAUUUCGUCAAGACUGGUGAUGAAAUCAUUAAAAUUGAGGGUAUCAUUUCUGGUACCUUGAGUUAUCUUUUCAACAACUAUUCCACUUUGAAUAGCACUGAGGCUCCCAAGCCAUUCUCUGAAAUUGUCAGUAUUGCCAAGGAAUUAGGUUAUACCGAACCUGAUCCAAGAGAUGAUUUGAACGGUAUGGAUGUCGCGCGUAAGGUGACUAUUUGUGGUAGAUUAGCUGGACUUGAAUUAGACCUGUCAACCCUUCCUGUGGAGAACAUCGUUCCUGAAGCGCUUCAGUCUAUCAAAUCUGCCGAUGAGUUUAUGGCUAAAUUACCUGAAUUUGACGAACAUUUCGAAAAGUUGAACAGUGAAGCAUUAAAGGAAGGAAAGGUCCUUCGUUAUGUUGGUUUAGUAGAUGUUAAAGGUGGACAAAGUGGUGUCAAAUUGACCAAAUAUCCUGGAACCCAUCCUUUUGCUUCCCUCCAGGGUAGUGAUAACAUCAUCAAGUUUACCACCAGAAACUGUCCUAACGGUGUCAUUAUUCAGGGUGCUGGUGCUGGUGCUGCUGUUACUGCCUAUGGUAUUUUCACUGAUCUUAUCAAGAUCCAGGAACGCGUUGAAGGAUUUUAAAGGAAAAAGGAUUGAAUAUUUAAAGUAUGAUACAAUUUGAUUUUGAGUCAUGUGGCGUUUUCAAUUUAACUAGUUUUAUAAAUAGUUUAGUGUCAACUUACAGAUUAAAUAAAUGAUUUCAUUUACCUGAAA